AUGGUCGCCACACUCCCAGAUUCUGUAGAUGCAAAGAACAAGUUUGAGGAUUUGUCAGGAGUGGAUAUCACUAAAUAUGAAAAUCCAUACGAUGCUCUGAUCGAAGCUUCCAGACAAUUGACUCAAUUCAUUGUGCUCAUAAUAACAUACAUCCAGGCUCAAAUCCAAGCACGCUAUGAAACCCACCGUGUAACCCGUAAUGCACAACAGAAAGCCAAGAUCAUAGCUCCUGAUUUCGAGGACUUGCUUAUAGACCCUAUCUUGAAGAAGCUUGAGGAUCCAAGCAUUGAACCAGGGUUUAUGGACCCGAGGAAUUGCCUGGUGUUCUGGGCAAGACCGCCAGGUCAUAUCAGGGAUCUUGUGGGGAGGGCGCAGCAGGAACUUAGGAAGGUCGCGCCACACCUCUGGCUAAUGCCCCUCCAAAACCUCCACCUCACAGCCCUCGAACUCUGCCAUUCUCUCACGUUCCCCGAGACGGAAGCCAUAGUCUCCUCUCUCGGCUCACCCGCCUACACAGAAAUGACAGACUACACACUGACCCAUCGUGCCCGUCUCAUCAAACCAACACUCUCCUACGACACCGCAGCAAUUGCACUCUCCUUCCUCCCUGCCGCCGGGAAGGAAGAAGAUAACUUCACAUAUCAUCAUCUCCGUCGCGAUCUCUUCAGUAUAGCGAAGAGAGCAGGUGUGCAAGUAGAUAGCCGAUACGUGGUUCCGAGUUCGCACAUCACUAUUGGGCGGUUCUUGGGACAGGGUGAUCAUGAUUCAAUUGAGAAGCGAAAGGCUUGGAUGGAGAAGAUAGAGGAGGUUAAUGUGUGGUUGGAAAAGGAGUUUUGGCCGAGUAAUGGGGAAGAUGAGGAGGGAUUCGAGUGGGUUGUGGGUAUGGAGAAGGGGCUGGAUUUUAGACAGGGGACACUUUGGUAUGGUGGUGGAGAGACUAUUAGGUUAGGAAAGGGGUUUUGA